AACCAAUUAAUUGCCAUUUGAUUUUUUGUGUUUUCAGUUCAAUUGUAUCAGCAGUCGCCCCAGCGGUUGUUGUUCCAUGCCUACUGCGUCUAAGAAAUAAAGGCUAUGGCGUCACCAAAGGAAUUCCCACCCUGGUUAUCGCCAUAUCAGGCAUAGAUGAUGCUGCCUCGGUCACCGCUUAUGGAAUCAUCUAUGGCAUCAUUUUCUCUGCUAAUUCUCUGGCUCAUGACAUCGCAAUAGGACCACUGUCCAUUGCCGUUGGUCUUGGAUUUGGCAUCACUUGGGGAUUCUUCUCGAAAUAUAUUCCUGAAAAAGAAGAUCCUUUUGUAGUUCCGAUCCGUAUCCUGACGUUGCUGGGAGGCUGCCUCAUUGCAGUGUUCGGCAGUGAAGUGAUUGGCAUGGAGGGCGCCGGGCCUCUCGCUGUCAUUUCUGCUGCUUUCUUAUCCAUCUAUUUUUGGUCGAAACAAGGCUGGAAAAUAGAGAGUAAUCCAGUAGCAAAUGCGUUUGAAAUAUUUUGGAUGCUAUGCGAGCCAGUGCUGUUUGCUCUGACUGGAAUCCAAGUCAAGUUUGAUGAAAUCGACACCAAUAUAAUUGGCGUUGGGAGUGGCAUCCUAAUUUUCUGCAUUGUUAUAAGGAUAGUUGUAACAGUAUUAGUUGGAGUCAAAUCAUCACUCAACACUAGAGAGAAAUUCUUUGUCGCUUUAUCGUUGAUGGCAAAAGCUACUGUACAGGCCGCACUUGGACCGGUGGCAGUAAGCACACUGCGCGACCAACGAGACUCGGAGGACUUCAAACACGCCGAGGUGGUGAUGAUGAUCUGCAUCCUGUCAAUCCUGCUGACCGCCCUUGGCGCCAUACUUAUAUCGCUGCUGGGCAAGCGCAUCCUCACCAAGACCACCGGCAACAUAUCACCGCGAGGUUGGCGGCGCACGCAUCGACCCUCCAUUCGUGACAUCACCAUUCAGGAGUACGAGGAGGAGGAGGACGAGAACGACAAUGACAUUGAGAAAAAGAAGGAGAACCCGAAUAAUCUGUCGACUAAUUGGCAACAGCAGCCUCCCCCGUUCAUAAUAUCUGCACAGCCGUAGGUUGGUGAUGCAGUAGUCCAUUAGAGAGCUCAGCCACUAUAGACUGCAAUAGUAUAAUAGAGAGCUCAACUAAUCUAUACUGCAGUAGUCUAAUAGAGAUCUUAACCACUCUAUACUGCAGUAGUAUAAUAAAGUCUAAUAGAGAGCUCAACCAUAGAGAAACAUAAGCAUGAGAUUGUUCGCUAUUGUUUUGCUAUUACGCUAUUAUUUUUCUCUAUGGCUCAACUAAUCUAUACUGCAGUAGUCUAAUAGAGAUCUUAACCACUCUAUACUGCAGUAAUCUAAUAGAGAGUUCAUCUACUCUAUACCGUACUGCAGUAGUCUAAUAGAGAGCUCAACUACUCGACUGGACUGCAGUAGCCUAAUAGAGAGCUGAACUGAUCUAUAGGCCUACUGCUGUAGUAUAAUAGAGUCUAAUAUAUAGAUAAAAAUAUAGAUAUAAAUAGAGUUGAGCUCAACUACUCGACUGGACUGCAGUAGUCUAAUAGAGAGCUCAACUACUCUAUACCGUACUGCAGUAGUCUAAUAGAGCCUAAAGGUGCGUACAGAUUUACGCAUCGCGAACAUGAGUAAUUCACUUUUAAUCAGCUGAUGCCAAGCUUUAUAUAUCUAUA